UUGCAACCAGUGAACUCGAAAUUACUCGUUCCCAUCCCCACGAAUCCAUAGCUCGACACAAUGACUUUUAGAUAUGUUAAUGCGAGAGAAUCCAAGGAUACAAGGAUGAAAUUUCUUAUCAUCAGUCACCAAAGAAGGCCAGGAAUUUCGUGAGGCGAGGAAAAUCAAAAUCAAAGUCAAAGCCAAAGUCGAAAUUAGUAGUGGGUGAAAUUUCGCCAGCUUCCGCUAGCAGCGACGGUGUUGAAGUUGAAGUUGAUGAUGUGGAUGAGGCUUUCAUUCCCUUUGAAAUGGCCAUUACAAAGGUAAUCGAAGUUCGGGUACUUCAAUAUUGAAUCCUACAAGGAAGGGUAUCGAUUCAGCAAAAAUAUUCGCGCAAACCCCAGAAUGGGCUAAGUUGAGUCGACCUGACGGGGAGGCGUUUAUCCAACGAGUUGAAACACUUGUUCAGGAGGCUGACAAACAGCUUUCUAUUAUAGUGGAUGGAAUGCCAGCGGGAGAUUGGGAGCCAUUGGAGAAGAUUGAAAAAGCUGUCGUUUUCACGCAAGCAAGGAGACCAGAUUUUCUGUAGACUUGGGAGAAAGUCUGGCUCGAAAUCCACAAGAACAAAGAAGGUAGCGCUGAAGAGGUCCGAAACCUACAGUUACUAGUACUUAGUUCCUGGUCAGGAGGCUCAUAUCGUCUGGUAGUCUCAGAUCGUAUAUCGAAUUUGUUAUGGCAAAGGCAAAAUCUCUCAAGCUAGUCCUCUCCUCCCAGCAAUGAUUAAGAGCUGGAGU